CUGGUAUUUCACAACAUGAGAGACAUGUGAAUUGACUCCCGGUACAGGAGAAGAUCCUGUUGAGAGUUGGAAGUAAAAGAAAGAUGAAUGCUGGCAUAAGUGCUCGAUUGAUAACCACGCCUAUUUAUUACGCCAAUGGGCCGCCUCAUAUUGGUCAUCUAUAUUCAACCGUGUUAGCUGAUGCCUUUCAUAGAUAUCAGCGUCUAUUGGGGAGGAAAAGCAUAUUGACAACUGGGACAGAUGAACAUGGCUCCAAGAUUCAAAAGAAGGCCAUGGACACUCAACAGGAUCCUAGAGUCUACGUCAACCACAUAUCUUCUCAAUAUCGAGCCUUGUUUGAAGAGUGCCAAAUCGAUUUUCAGGAUUUUAUUCGAACCACAGAUUCUAGCCAUCUUGAAACAGUCCAACAAACUUGGUCAAAAAUGUCUGAGAAUGGAUUUAUCUCCAAAAAGCAACACUCGGGGUGGUACUGCUUACCAGACGAAGCUUUUGUACCUGAAGACCAAACCGAACUCGUGAAUGGGAACAUGAGAACUUCCAAAGAAUCUGGUCAUCCACUAGAAUGGACCGAAGAAGAUAACUACACCUUUAGCGUUUGUCAAUUUCAAGAGACCAUCCAUAAAUGGCUCAAAGAUAACAGAAUCGUCAAGCCCCAUCUAUUCAUGGGUAGUUUGGAUUCCUUGUUCAGCUCGCCGAUUCCCGACCUCUCACUAUCAAGACCCACUUCUCGCGUUUCUUGGGGAAUCCCCGUGCCUCAAGAUCCAACGCAGACUAUCUACGUCUGGUUCGAUGCCCUUCUUAAUUAUCUGACCAUGGGUCAGAAACACAAUAUUUGGCCAGCCGAUGUUCACGUGGUGGGCAAAGACAUCCUCAAAUUUCACGCCAUCUAUUUUCCCGCCUUUCUCCUGGCUAAUGACCUAGCCUUGCCCAAACGAAUAUUUUGUCAUUCCCAUUGGACGGUGGAUCACAAGAAGAUGUCCAAAUCCUUGAACAAUGUAGUCGAUCCCAGACAGGCCAUGUCAAUCACAGGGCCCGAAGGUCUUCGGUACUACUUGCUCAGACAGGGCGUUCCCGGCUAUGAUAACAAUUUUGACGAGGACAAAUUGGUUCACUAUUUUAAUCAAGAACUGGCCGACACCCUUGGCAAUUUGCUUUCGCGUUGCACUGGAGCGAAACUCAACCCUGAGCAAAUACGGAAACCGGUAAAUCAGGAGCUUUUAGACUUGGCGCUACUUUCUCCAUUGGCGCGAAAAAUCGUUGAAAGUCAAGAAAGACUUCCGAAUCAAGUGACUGAGUGCUUUGAGGAGUUCAAUUUUUAUCAGGGCAUAACCGCUAUCAUGGAUCUCUUAAGGGCCACAAAUACUUUUGUCCACGAAGAGCAACCCUGGAAAAUGAAGGACAAUCCAUCGCGGAGAGAUCUUGUGAUCCAUUUAUCAUUGGAAAGUCUCCGGAUCGCAGGGAUAUUACUGCAGCCCAUCAUCCCUGUCACAAGGAUCAGGGUACUUGUCUCAGCCAUUCCGCGUCACCCUGUAUUCGGGAGUGGAGUUGUGGUCUCCCAAAGGAAGAACCUGGGCACGAUCAGCUACACCAUUGUGUCUUUCUUCGGGCCAAAUCACCUUCUAAUCCCACAAACUUGCCUCACAUGACCUUCAAACCCCAUCCC